AUGGCCGUCACUAAACCAACAGCUGCGGAUGUUCACAGCGCAAUCAGACUGUUGAUCGAUAACCUCGUCAACAUCAAAGACGAGACUGGCAAAUUUCUGCUGUAUCUAGAAGAUGGGCGAGUCAUCGACACAAAAUCAUGGGCUGGCUGGGAGUGGACACACGGUAUCGGGCUCUAUGGAGUCUGGAAAUACUACGAAAUGACCGGCCACGAAUCCCUGCUAAAGAUCAUUGAAGAUUGGUUUGCAGCCCGGUUCGCCGAAGGAGGAACCACGAAGAAUAUCAACACUAUGGUUGUGUUUCUCACACUGGCAUACGUAUAUGAAAAGACUGGCAAUGUGGCUUACUUGCCAUGGCUCGAUUCAUGGGCUGAAUGGGCAAUGUAUGAACUGCCGCGAACAAAAUACGGUGGAAUGCAACAUAUCACUUACAACUCCAUAAAUACGGAACAGCUAUGGGACGAUACCCUGAUGAUGACUGUGCUGCCAUUAGCCAAAAUCGGAAAACUGCUAGGUCGACCUGAAUAUGUAACAGAAGCCAAGAAACAAUUCCUCAUUCAUAUCAAAUACCUAUUUGAUACUCGCACUGGUCUGUUCUUUCACGGAUGGAAGUUUGAGGGCGAAAAUGGAGGACACAACUUUGCACAAGCCCGAUGGGCUCGGGGGAACAGUUGGCUUACCAUUGUCAUCCCCGAGAUUCUGGAGCUGCUUGAAUUCGACGUUAGUGAUCCUAUCCGGUUACAUCUGAUCCAUACCUUGGACGCACAAUGCGGAGCCCUGAAAAAAUUCCAACAUUCAUCGGGUUAUUGGCGGACAUUGAUCGAUCAAGCCGACGAUGGAUCGUACGUCGAAGCCUCGGCCACCGCUGGAUUUGCAUAUGGAAUGCUCAAGGGACAACGUAAGCGAUAUAUAGGCAGUCAGUACCGCGAAACAGCUGAAAAGGCAGUUAAAGCGGUGCUGAGUGCAAUUGAUUCAAAUGGAGAGCUGCAAAACACCAGUUUUGGCACAGCAAUGGGUCAUAAUUUGGACUUUUAUAGGGAGAUCCCUAUCACUUCGAUGCCGUAUGGACAGGCGAUGGCGAUUAUGGCGUUGGUCGAGUAUUUGAGGACAUAUAUUUAA